AUGGUUUCUCAGCUUUUGGAUCCUCGCCAACCCAAGAAUCUUUCUGAUGCCAUUGUCUUGGCAAUUCUGGGUCUUCAUAUUCUAGCUGCUUAUUUCCUACCAUCUGGAUCCAAGCGCACUGUCUUUGCUGUUGUCUUCCUGUUCUGGCGGGCUUGCUACAAUAUUGGCAUUGGUGUACUCCUCCAAAUCCAGUCGAAUCACCGUCGUCUUGUCACCUGGGCUAAACGCUGGAAACUCUUCGAGCAUCCAUCAACUGGCAAGAACCCCCGGCCGUGGCUCUACAAACUCCUCAAGACCGAGCUGGAGACAAAGAUUACCGAAGACUAUGAAUUCGAAAAGGCCCCCCUCGAGUACAACACUUGGCUGGUCUUUCGAAGGGUUGUUGAUUUGAUCCUUAUGUGUGAUUUUGUGUCCUACUGCUUGUUUGCCAUGGUCUGUGGUCAUACUCCUGAAGGCGAGAACCCUCUGAUCGGCUUCUCCCGCUGGGCUGUUGGCAUCAGUCUCAUUGGCUUCAAUCUUUGGGUGAAACUCGAUGCUCACCGUGUCGUGAAAGACUUUGCCUGGUACUGGGGAGACUUUUUCUACCUCAUCGACCAAGACUUGACUUUCGAUGGUGUUUUCGAAAUGGCUCCCCAUCCCAUGUACUCAAUCGGUUACGCCGGCUACUACGGUAUCUCCAUGAUGGCAGCCAGCUACGAGGUUCUCUUCAUCUCGAUUCUUGCGCACCUGGCCCAAUUUGCUUUCCUUGUGAUUGUUGAGAACCCUCACAUCGAGAAGACGUACAACCCUCCUCCUCCACGCAAGCGAACCGUGUCCGGCAGCCAAAUUGAUACUAUACCCGCUGAUACCAGAUCGAUUGAAGGUGCAUUCGACCAACAAACCCUCAAACCCUCCCAAAAGGACGAGCCUGGCCAGGUCCACAACCUUGUUGGUCUAAGUAACCUCGAUUUGUUCCGGGUUCCUGACUUUGCCGUUAUCGUUAUGCCGUUCUAUGUAGCCAUCCUUACUCUGGCGACGCCCUCAACUGCCGCCUGGCAGGCGGCCUUUGUCUUUCAUGCCUUGGUAUGGCGCGUAUGGUACCACCUUGGAUUGGGCCUUAUCCUCAACCAGCAGUCCAAGAACAAAAUGUGGACUCGUCAUUUCCUUAAAUUCGGCGAGAGUGCUGGUGAAGCUUGGCGCCAGUGGAAGGGUCUGCAUCAUAUCAGCAUGAUCAUGUGUAAUACCGCAUUUGUUGCUGCGUGUUGGAAGAUGUACUCGCCUCCUGAAGACUGGGCGUACGGCCUGGUUAUGCUCAAGCAUGUCCUUGGUGCCAGUCUCGUCGCCCUCCAAUUGUGGACCGCAUUCAGUGUUUAUGACUCCCUUGGAGAAUUUGGAUGGUUCUGUGGCGAUUUCUUCUUUGAUCACCAGGCCAAGUUGACGUACAAGUCCAUCUAUCGCUUCCUGAACAACCCUGAUCGAUUCUUCGGCACAGCUGGUGUAUGGGGUGCUGCACUCAUCACUUGGAGUCGAUCCAUCUUCCUUAUGGCACUGGUCACGCAGAUUUUGACGGUUUUCUACAUCUCAUACAUCGAGCGACCUCACAUGCAAAAGAUCUAUGGACGUGGCCUCCGUCAAGAAGCUGGUCUCACCAAAUUCAUCAAAAAGUCAUUACCCCCUCAUGUCAAGGGAUGGCAAGAAAGUGUCGACAAGGUUUUGGAUGAUACAAGCCAGUUCGUCGAGGACUUCCUUGAUACCGCUCGACCCAAGUUUGCAUCAGGCGUCAAAACCAUUGUUAGAGAUACUUCAGCUCUUUUCAACAUGGCCCCCGCAAGACUCACAAUCACAAGAAUUACACCCGACUUGGAAGGCUACGACCCGAAGCUUUAUUCCCUGUCUGUGAAUGGUAUGCAGACAACUCAUGCACCUAUCGUUGAGAAGUACACUGGAAAGGAGAGCUUGACAGGUCGGUUCCCUAAGCCUGUCCGUACCAUGGCUUUCGAGUACGGUGCACCUCUUCGUGUCAAGUGGAGAGCCCCUGCCAACCACAGUAAGAAGGAUUGGAUUGGUCUUUACAUGGUUACCGACAAUCGUUCAAGAGAGACCACAGAGGUUUCUUCUCUUGGACGAUGGGCACCUACGAAUGCUGGUUCUUAUGAUUCUUUGACAGCCGAUGUCAGUAUUCUGGUUGAUGAGCACCCAGUCUCAGCUACUAAUGCAACGGAUGCCGACCUGGUUGAAGGUGAAGUUAUUUUCGAAGGUGACAAAUUAUGGUGGACACAAGGCGUCUUCGAGUUUCGAUACCACCACAACGGCCAUCAUCAUGCUAUGGCAAUCUCUGAGCCUUUUGAAAUCCGGAUCAGCAAGUUUGACGAGGAAGAUGUUGAUCUUGGUGCCAAGGGCUUGUAUGAGCAAGCUGUCGAGGCUGCUCUUCUUCCCGUUGUCCAAAACUGCCUAGACCGCGACCCGGAUAUUGCACCCAACCAGCCCGAAGAGCCUUUUGGCGGACAUGUCGAACGUGAUACGAAAUAUGCCAAGAGAAUUGUAUAUGCCAUUCGAGAAAUGUUUGGUAUCGAGUUUGCGCCACCUGUCGUCGCCGCGGAUGGAAGUGUCCGCAAACUUGCGUGGAGAGUCUGCAACGCUAAGGAAGUUCUGGCACCCUACAGCAUGUCUCUAUCGAGAGGAACAACUACACCUGCGCUUCAAGACUUUCCUUCUGAGAAGGCUUGAUGUGGGAUAUACGGAAAUUUGGAGUUAAAAGUAGUUUGGAGUUCUUGCGGCGGUGAUGAUGGUGAUAAAAUAUUGGAGUAUGAUACCACAGUUGAGGCAGGAUACUAAGGGUGGAUGUAACUAUUGAGACUU